GCGUGUGACGUCAGGCGAAGUGGAUUAUUUUGGACGCGGGGUGAAGAUGGCGGAGAAGAGCAGGUUGGAGCAUCGGAAUCACUCUGGUCUAAAUUGCAAAAGCAACGUCUUUAUCGAAGGUGUCAGUGGGGUGGAAGAGGUCCCUCGAGAGAUGGGCGUGGAUGAAUCGGAUGACGAGCCCCUGCUGGAGGUCGAGGAGAUGGGUCCCAGGCCCGUGCAGAUCGUUGUGGCAGACGAGGAUGCCCAUGAGUUUGCGCUGGACGAGCAGGCUCUGGAGCGCCUCCUGCUGAUGGAGCAUGUCCGUGACCUCGAUGUGGUGGUGGUGUCCGUCGCCGGAGCAUUCCGCAAGGGCAAGUCUUUCCUGCUGGACUUCAUGCUCCGCUACAUGUACAGCCAGACGUCUGGCAGGUGGCUGGGUGGAGACAACGAGCCUUUGACGGGCUUCACCUGGAGGGGUGGCUGCGAGAGGGAGACCACUGGCAUCCUGGCCUGGAGUGAGGUGUUUGUGGUUGAGAAGCCAGACGGAAGCACGGUGGCUGUGCUUCUCAUCGACACACAGGGAGCCUUCGACAGCCAGUCAACCAUCAAGGACUGUGCCACGCUCUUCGCCCUCAGCACCAUGACCAGCUCUGUGCAGGUUUACAAUUUAUCUCAGAAUGUGCAGGAGGACGAUCUUCAGCAUCUCCAGCUUUUCACAGAAUAUGGAAGACUCGCUAUGGAAGAAAUCUACCAGAAGCCAUUCCAAUCACUAAUGUUUCUCAUAAGAGACUGGAGUUAUCCAUAUGAACACGAAUAUGGUCUGGAAGGUGGAAACAAGUUUCUUGAGAAAAGAUUACAAGUGAAGCAGAACCAACAUGAGGAGCUACAGAAUGUUCGUAAACACAUCCACUCCUGCUUCUCCAACAUCAACUGCUUUCUCCUUCCGCACCCUGGCCUCAAAGUGGCCACAAACCCUCACUUUGAUGGCAGGUUGAAAGACAUUGAUGAUGAAUUCAAAAAGGAGCUAGUCAGUCUGAUCCCGUUGCUGCUGGCUCCGGAGAACUUGGUGGAGAAACAAAUCGGGGGUUCCAAAGUGACGUGUAGAGAUCUUGUACAGUAUUUUAAAGCCUACAUGAGAAUCUAUCAGGGUGAAGAGCUCCCUCACCCAAAGUCCAUGUUACAGGCAACAGCUGAGGCAAACAACCUUGCAGCAGUUGCAGGAGCAAAAGACAGUUACAACAAAGGCAUGGAACAGGUGUGUGGUGGAGACAAGCCGUACAUUGCCCCAAGCAACCUGGAGCGCAGCCACCGGGAACUCCAACAGGCCUCCAUACGACAAUUCCGCGCCAUCAAAAAGAUGGGCGGGGAGGAGUUCUGCCGCCGCUACCAGGAGCAGCUGGAGGCGGAGCUGGAUGAAGCUUACAUCAACUUCGUCAAGCACAAUGAUGGAAAGAACAUUUUCUAUGCGGCGCGGACACCCGCCACGCUCUUCGCUGUCAUGUUUGCCAUGUACGUGGUCUCGCUGGUGACCGGCUUUGUUGGCAUAAACUCUGUGGCGACGCUGUGCAAUCUUGUCCUUGGCGUGGCCCUGGUGGCCCUGUGCACUUGGGCAUACAUCAAAUACUCAGGGGAGUUCCGGGAGGUGGGUGUUCUCAUCGACAGGGUGGCAGAAACCCUUUGGGAACAGAGGACUCCGAGAAAGGUCUUCUACAAGCUUUUUGAGGUUGCCAGGAACAAGAUGGUGCUGGGCACCUUGCUGCCCACCCCACGGAAGAGACUGUCCUCAAACAACAAUGUGAAGAAGAAAUACUAGUGCUGACCUACUUUGCUGUCACAACUGGCCCCACCCUCUACCCUGCCCCUUUUAAAGACUUCUCCACCCUGAUAAGUGCAUAGCCUCGAUGCCACGCUGGGUUAGGAUUUAAAGACAAACUGCUGUUUAUACCUGGUUCACUUCUUUGGUAGAACGCAGGUUGGCACUUUUAUCAUGUUUUGUUGGUCUUCCCCAUCUUGGUGUGCUGAUGUUAUGGGGAAAGGACUGUGAAACCCCCACUCCCCAUACAUGUGCAUUAGUCAUUGUCCUCAUGAUGUUUUUGACUAUCAUGAUUGUGCGUCUGAUCUUUCAUCAUUUCCUCAUCUUAAAUUUGUUACAAUUCACUUCUAAGCGUUCCUUUUCCCCCCCAUCAUCUGUUCUCGAUUGUCUUGUCUUUCUUGUAUCCUCUCUUUCCUUCCACUUUUCUUCCCUACCUCCUGGACUUUCGUUUUCCUCUCCUCAGGUGUUGAUGGCUCUGGGUGAUGGGUAAGUGGAGAGCAUUAGGUGAGGUGUGGUGAAGUCUGCCUGAGCUCGUUUCAUUGGGCGUGGGGCUCAGCAUGCCAAGUAACACAUGCACUGACCGAGCGGCAGCUCGUCUUUGCCGCACCACCAUAGAGCCAAAGUUUAUGCUAUGUUUACCGCACACUGUACAGCGCGUACUCGCAUCCAAACAUUCGAGACACUAGCAAUGGCAAUGGCUUCGCCACCUGUGAAAGACACGGGCAUCCGCCUUGUGAUUUUCAGGGAAAGACACCCUGGUCAACCUAUUUUGAUGACGGUUCAACUCUCCAUUUCUCUCAGUAGGAAGCAGGCAUGCUUUUCCACUGACAAAACCAAGGCCUUUAAGGGUUUCACUCGUGGUGUUGAUGGGUGAUUACACCAGCUUUGUCUCAGAUUGGAGCCAUUAAUUUUAAAUCACCUUUUUAUUGUUAGGUACACUUUGUUUGAACAAAUACUUGAGAGAACCACUCCAUUUUUAUUUACAAAAUCCAUGUACAUUCCACAGUAUUAUGAAGCUUGUGUGCAAAGGAUGAGCUGUACCAAUGAUGGUGACAUCAGGUAGUGAGGUUUCCUGGUUCAGUAUCGCUUUAGGCCUACCCAACUACAUUUACUAUCUCCUUGCUGUAUAAGAAGAAAAUGACAUUUUGCUUCUUUGAUAAUUCCAUCCACAAGGUGACAGCCAACAUAUGCUAUCCUGUACAGUGUAGAUUUUUUUUUUUUUAAACUAGGGCAUGUGUAUGGAAAAUAAAUGUAAUUUAAGAUUUUCUAUAUCUCUACACCCCCCCUCCCCUCCCCCACUAGCUGGAAGAACGGCUGUUUUUUUGUGGUAGGCCAAAUGUGCGGUUAACUUUAAAGGAAUGCUUUUGUGAUUUUGUGUAAAUGUCAGAUGAACAAUUCUUUCGUUAUGUGUAUAUAUAUAUAUAUUAUAUGUGAAAUAAUCUGCCUUGAGCACCACAAUUCCAUUCUCACUUAUGCAGCAUUGGAAUUUGGAAUGUUUGUAAUAUUUCACUUGUUUGGUUUCAUUUUAAAGUUAUUCUUUAAUUUAUUUUUCAAUACAAGAUUAAAAUGAACCACUGUAUAUUAAAGAAUCUGUUGCCGAUCCA